AUGGAUGGAACAAUCCUACCCACCCUGCCAGAACUUAAGCUCCAUGUAGCAAAGGAAGAUGUUGACGCAACUGCAAUUGUCAGCCAGUGGCUUGUUGGUCUACAGGCAUGCUUGGAUGGCGGCAGUCUCAACAAACUCGGCAAGCUCUUCAACCAGGACUCGUGGUGGCGAGACAUCCUCGCCCUCGACUGGGACUUUACCACCAAGCAGGGCCAGGACAAGAUCGGCUCCUACCUCGACGCAAAAAAGGUCACCAUUACCGACCUGAAACUCUGCGAGUCGGGCGGCUUGAAGCCCGCGCUCGUCGAAUGGGCCGGCCAGGCGUGGGUGCAGUCCGCAUUCACCUUUUGCACGCAACACGGCCAGUGUCGCGGGUAUGUCCGGCUGGAGAAUGACGCCGCGUCGCAGUGGAAGGCCUGGACCGUCUUCACGGAGCUGGAGGAGCUGCGUUACCAGCAAGACCUGGAAGCACAGCGGCGGCUGAGCAGGGCGGCGCAGAUGAUGCCGCAAACCAACGGCACCCAUUCCAGCGAGGAUAUCGAUGUGCUGAUUGUCGGCGCCGGACAAGCCGGCGUGUCGCUCGGAGCGCGGCUCAAGCACAUGGGCAUCAGGGCCCGGCUGGUCGAGCGGCAUCCCGCCGUCGGCGACGCCUGGCGCGCGCGGUACGACUCGGUCACGCUCAACACGCCCACGUUUACCGACCACUACCCGUUUAUGAAGUACCCGGAGAGCUGGCCCGAGUGGCUGACGGGCAAGCAGGCGGCCGACUUCCUGGAGCACUACGCGCAGCUCAUGGGGCUCGACAUUCUGCUCGGCGCCACCGUCCGGUCCGUGGAGCGCAUCGGCGACAAGUACUCCGUCGUCGUCGUUGACGGCGCGCACGGCGAGCAAACUUUUUCGCCCCGGCACGUCGUGCUCGCCACCGGCGUCUACGGCGACACGCCCAUCACGCCGCAAUUCCCCGGGCAGGACACGUUUGCCGGCACCAUGUACCACUCGAGCGAGCGCGCGUCCGCCAGGCUGAUCCCGGAGCUGUCCGAGAAGAACGUGGUCGUCAUCGGCUGCAGCACCAGCGGGCACGACGUGUGCCAGGACUUUGUCGACCACGGCGCGCGGCAGGUCACCAUGGUCCAGCGACACGCCAUCUUCGCGCUGUCGACGGACACGUGGAAGACGCUGCAGCUCGGGCUGUGGAACAUGCCCGGGCUGAGCACCGAGGAGGCGGACCUGGUGGGCAACUCGCUGCCCGUGGCCGUGGUGCGGGCCAUGAGCGUCGACCUGACGCGCGCCAUGGCCGCGCUGGACGACGCGCCGCUGCUGGACGGUCUGCGGCGCGCCGGCAUGGCGCUGCGCACCGGCGAGGACGGGUACGGCCUCGCCGACCACCAGCUCAUCAAGGGCGGCUGCUACUACAUCGACCAGGGCGCCGGCGCCAUGAUCGCCGACGGCCGCAUCCGCGUGCGCCGCUGCGAGGCGGGCGUGGCCCGGAUGACGGAGACGGCGGUGGUGCUGGCUGACGGGACGAGCAUCGAGGCUGAUGUCGUGGUGCUGGCGACGGGGUUCGAGAAGAAUGUGGAAAAUGUGCGGCGCGUGAUGGGCGAUGACGUUGCGGAUAAGAUGGUUGGGUUUGGCGAUCUGGAUGCUGAGCAGGAGAGGGUCGGAUGGUGGCGGCCGACGGGCCUCGACGGGUUCUGGUAUAUGACGGGGAGCUUCAUGUGGUGUCGCCAGUUUUCGCGGGCUUUGGCCCUGCAAAUUGCUGGCCAGGUAAAGGGAUACUACUAG